AUGUCGGUGGGAUCGCUUUUACUCUUGGUUCUUCUUAUCUGCAACUUCAAUGUCGAAUUGAAUGCUCUGAACGACGAAGGGUAUGCACUACUGACUCUGAAGCAGUCCAUUUCCAGAGAUCCAGAUGGUUCUUUAAGCAAUUGGAACUCCGAGAAUCAAAACCCUUGCUCUUGGAACGGAGUCACUUGUGAUGAUCAGAAGGUUGUCGUUUCUCUUAGCAUCCCCAAGAAGAAACUUGUAGGUCAUCUUCCUUCCUCUCUGGGUUUACUCUCUAAUCUCCGCCAUUUGAAUCUAAGAAGCAAUGAGCUUAGUGGGAGCUUACCCGUUGAGCUCUUUCAAGCUCAACGGCUUCAAAGUUUGGUUCUUUAUGGGAAUUCCUUAUCUGGGUCGAUUCCAAACGAGGUUGGGGAGCUAAAGCUCCUGCAAAUUUUGGAUUUUUCGCAUAAUUCUCUAAAUGGGUGGAUCCCAGAAUCGAUUCUGCGGUGUAAGAGGCUUAGGAGCUUCGAUUUGAGCCAGAAUAACCUCACUGGUUCUGUCCCUAAUGGAUUUGGUCAUGCUUUGAGUUCUUUACAAAAGCUUGACCUUUCUUACAACAAUCUCAAUGGUCUAAUUCCUGAUGAUUUGGGUAAUCUGACUAGAUUGCAAGGAACUCUUGAUUUGUCUCACAAUUCGUUUAGCGGCUCGAUUCCAGCUAGCUUGGGGAAUCUUCCUGAGAAAGUGUAUGUUGAUUUAGCUCACAACAAUUUGAGUGGACCAAUCCCACAAACCGGUGCUCUGGUUAACAGAGGACCAACUGCGUUCUUGGGGAACCCGAGGCUGUGUGGCCCUCCAUUGAAGGAUCCUUGUCUGCCAAAUACAGAUACUUCUCCAACAUCUCACCCUUUUGUACCGGAGAACCACGACAAUGGUGAAGGAAGGUCCAAGAAAGGAGGAGGUCUAAGCAAAUCCGCCGUUGUUGCAAUCGUGGUCUGUGACGCCAUUGGAAUCUGCAUUGUUGGGUUUCUCUUCUCUUGUUGCUACUUGAAGCUCUGCUCGCGCCGUAACAGCGUGGAUGAGGAAGGCUAUGUGCUGGAGAAAGAAGGGAAAGAAAAGAAACCUUCUUUCUGUUUUGGGAAAGACGGAUCAGAGAGCCCUUCUUCAGAGAAUCUUGAGCCGCAACAGCAGGAUCUUGUCCUGUUGGAUAAACACAUGGCUUUGGAUUUAGAUGAGCUGCUCAAGGCUUCGGCUUUCGUUCUUGGGAAAGGCGGGAACGGGAUUGUGUACAAAGUCGUCCUCGAAGAUGGUUUAACCGUAGCUGUUAGGAGAUUGGGAGAAGGAGGGUCCCAAAGGUGCAAGGAGUUUCAGACAGAAGUCGAAGCAAUCGGGAGGCUAAGGCAUCCGAACAUCGUCAGUCUCAAAGCUUAUUAUUGGUCAGUGGAAGAGAAGCUUCUCAUCUACGACUACAUUACUAAUGGAAGCCUUGCAAAUGCACUCCACGGUAAUCCCGGUAUGGUGUCAUUCAAGCCGCUGUCUUGGGAAGUUCGGUUAAAGAUAAUGAGAGGAGCCGCAAGAGGGUUGGUGUAUCUUCACGAGUUUAGCCCCAAGAAGUAUGUUCAUGGAUCUCUGAAACUCAGCAAUAUACUUCUCGGGCAGAACAUGGAGCCUCAUAUCUCGAAUUUCGGACUCAUGCACCUCUCUAGCAUCGCCGGAUCAUUAGAAUCAACCACAAACGACCGACCAUCCAACAAGAAGGCCUCAUCGAUUGGUUCAACUACAAACUUGAGCUCGUUUUAUCAGGCUCCUGAAGCCAUGAAAGCGACAGUGAAGCCAUCACAGAAAUGGGAUGUGUACUCGUUUGGGGUUAUCUUGCUAGAGAUGAUAACGGGGAGGUUACCGAUUGUUUAUGUUGGUAAAUCGGAGAUGGAGAUAGUGAAGUGGAUACAGAUGUGUAUCGAUGAGAAAAAAGAGAUGUCAGACAUUUUGGAUCCGUAUUUGGUGCCUGAGGACACAGAGAUUGAAGAAGAGGUCAUCGCUGUGCUAAAGGUUGCAAUGGCCUGUGUUAGUGUUAUCCCCGAGAAACGUCCAUCGAUGAAGCAUGUCGCUGAUGCUUUGAACCAGAUUUGUCUUCAGUGA